GUUUGAGAACCUCAGCCUUAGCCUGACGCUUCAUGAGGUUUGACUUCCUGUAUUUUUGCUGUGAGUAGGUUUUGAGUCAUUGCAUUGAAAGGGUGUGAGGGGGCCUAACGUACCAUUGAACUCCAGAUCAACACCCUGUCAACAGUAGAAACGGAUGUGUGAAAAGAUGGAUCUCAAAAUCAUACAGUCAUUGUUGGAAAGGGUUCAAACACACAAAAAUGCUAAAUAAACAAGAAUUGUGGGACCUGAAGGAUUUUUCUGAAGAACAGUGGGAAGUUUAACUUCAGGACAAACAAGGGACUCAUGAACAACUAUCACUAAACAAAAAAACACGGCUGUGGAUUAUUCAGAUGGCGAUGGUGACUAACAGACUUGGGUGUUUACCCGUUCUUGUUUUCCUGCUGACUUUGAGCAGUUCGGUCAUGUCGAGAUCUCUUAGGAUGAAAAGGGAAAUUAGUCACAACGUAACAUUGAUAAACACCAACGACACACACAGUACAGCAACCGUAGCUGAAGCAAAUGCAACAACCACCACUGUGGAAACUCCGAAGGCUUUGAAUACAUUACAGACAGUUGAGGUAAAAACUGUAAUACCUGAUUUAAAUAUCUCAGCGACUACGGAUUACCAUCAUACUCCAGAUUUGAACCACGCCCAAGGAACCGAGAACCUGACAGUCCACCGGCCAGUAGAAAACGAGAGUACUUUUCACACCCAACUUCCUGCAAUAAAAACCAGUACUGGGCACAUUUCACAUGCAGGAAGUUCUGCCCCCACAUUUCCUGCAUCGUUGGAGCCCGGUAAGGUAACAGAGAAGCACACGACAGCAGCGACAACAAGAAUGUCCACAGAUGCAAAAAAACACACCACUGAAGUUACCUCAACCAUCACCAAAAAAACAACCACGGGAAUGACCCACUCAUGUUCCACUGCCUCUACUCCAGUGGACGGACUUGUGAGUCGCUGCCUCAUUGCCAUCGCCUCGAUGGCUGCGUUGACGACCAUUUUUAUCAUUAGCACCAUCUGCCUGGCGGCGAAGCUCUCGGGAUACAAAUACAGGCACAGGGCGCAGCUUCUCCAGGAGACUGAGAUGGUCUGCAUUUCUGCCCUGAUGAACGAUACCGAUCACCCUGUUCCAAAGCCAAGACGGCAUCCCAAAAGUAAUGGAGCCUUGAUCCCGAAUACUGAGGAUGGAGAUCCUGAAGGCGAUAAUCUUACUCUAAACAGCUUUCUUCCUGACACCGAAGGCCCUCUUUAGAAAUUUAGACUUUCUGUUUUAUGCACUGAAAAACAGGGCUUUAUUGAUGCAACACAGAAUUUUUAAACUCUUAAGCAUUUAAGUCAGUGCUCAGGGUUGACUGAGUUGUCAAAAAAGCAAAAGGUGCAAUCCACAGCAACCACUCAAUGAAGUUUGAUAAUGACGCCUGGCUUUGAAGUGCCCUUUAAAACAAUCGUUUUAUGAUUUCCUGUACAAUAAUGAACAUUCCACGUCUUUUAUUUAAUCAAUGGAGCAUUUAUAUUUUUGUUUUUUGAAAGUAUAAAGAGGUCUGAAUGUUAUAUUUAAUCAUUUCAGUGUGGAAAUACUGUACUACUGUGUUCUCUGAGGAGCUCAGGCAUUAGUGAGGCUUGGCUGAAUAUGGUCUAUUCCUGUCUGUGGUUUAGUUAGCGCUAUAUAAUUUACUCUAACAGAGUGAUGUUGGAAAUUAUCACAGUCUGAAUAUACCAUGUUAUCACUGCAAAUGUACAUAAAAUACAUGCUUUCACAUUUGCCUAGAAGGAAUUUAGCUUUUGCACAGAAAUUAUACACUUUCCAUUGUGUGAGGAAACAAAAAAGGUCAAAAUGGCCAAAGACAACAAGAUGAACACUGCGAAAACCAAAAGUUAGUUAGCAAAGAUUUUUUUGUUCAUGUUUAGCUUUUUAUUAUUUUAUUUUAUUUUAUAGGCCAUUUUUAAUGUAAAUUUUGUAUGUGAAAAAACAAUAGUUAGUCAGUAAACUUUUUUUUUUUCUGUUCACAUUGUUAUUUUUUUAUUGUAGUAUUUUUGUAGUUUAAUUUAAUUUUAUUUUUAGGCCUCUUUCUAUGUAAAUUGUAUAGGUGAAACCAAAAGUUAUUCAGCAGACUUUUUAGUUUUUUUUUAUUGUAGUUUUUUUUAUUUUAUUUUUCAGGCCCCUUUCUAUGUAAAUUGUAUAUGUUAAACCAAUAGUUAUUCAGCAAAGUUUUUUUUCUGUUCACAUUCUUACUUUUUUAUUUUAUUUUAUUUUUUUAUUUGAUGUUAUUUUAUUUUUAGACCCUCUUCUAUGUAAAUUGUAUAUGUGUAUGCAACUUCAGUACAAAUGUGUUCAAAACUUAAUGGAUGAAUGUUGUGCAAAAUGACAUGGGAAAAGUUGUGCAGUGUUAACCGAGUUAUACUUACCUAAACUAAUUUUAUAAAUGUUAAAUAAAUCAUUUAAUAGAA